CAAAUGAACUUUAGAGACGCAGUUGUUAGGAAACCGCCAUGUUGUUGUUGUUUGUUGAUUAGUUUAAAGUUGUCAGAAAAUAUUUAAUUAGUGUUUUCUGUGAUUUUGCAUCCAGUUUACUGUUUUGUUGAAUUUUUAAAUUUUGCGUAAGUUGAGAAACAAUGCCGAGGCACAAUCUUUUUUCAAAUGCCGAAAUGAGGGAUAUGUUGUGUGUAUAUGCGCAGGCAAAUUUUAAUGGAUGCGAAGCCUAUAGACGAUAUUCAGAACUCUAUCCAAAUCGAAGACAACCUGAUUUCAAGAUCUUCAAAAAUCUUUACGAUCGAUUAGGAGAAACAGGUACAUUUCGUCCUAAACGGAAUUCCGCAAGGCGCCCGAAGGUUAUAACUCCAGAACAAGAAGAAGAAAUUCUGGUUCGCGUGGCUGAAAAUCCGGAAAUAAGUGCAAGACAUGCUGCUGCGGCAACUGGAGUAGGCAAGUCAUCCAUUUGUAAAAUAUUUCACGAAGAGGGUCUUUAUUCGUAUCAUUUCACUCCUGUGCAAAAUUUAUUAGAAAAUGAUUUUGCGCCCAGGAUAAAAUUUGCCCGUUUUUGCCGUGCCCAAAUAAAUGCCGACCCCCUGUUUCUGAAUAAGAUACUGUUUACUGAUGAAGCAACGUUUACACGUAGAGGCAUUUUCAAUUUUAGAAAUAAACACACAUGGGCAUUACAAAAUCCACAUUCAGUACACGAACGUCAUUUCCAACAUGAAUUCAAAAUUAAUGUAUGGUGUGGUAUAAUCGAUAAUCAUUUAUUGGGCUCUUUCGAACUACCGCCCAAUUUAAACGGGGAACUCUACCUUGAGUUCCUAGAAACACAUUUACCAGAAUUUCUCGAUGAUAUUCCCCUGGACAUAAGGCAACAUAUGUAUUUCAUGCAAGACGGAGCGCCAGCACACUUCUCUAGAGCUGUCAGAGAGUACCUGAACAACCGUUUUCUUAAUCGCUGGAUAGGUCGUGGGAGCCAGAGGCCAUGGCCGGUUGGGAUUCUACAAUUCGAAGACUUGUACUUCGUUCCGCCUCCACAAAGUCAAGAAUGUAUUCUUGAGCGACGCUUAGUAUAG